AUGAGGAUCCUGUCUUGGAAUGUGAACGGGAUCAAAACGUUGCCCUUCUACCACCCGUGAGUGCGAGUGGAGGUGUUGACCGCCUGCUGCGAUCAGGGUAUGAACUGACUGACGCUUUUUGGAUGUCGUGUGCUCGUGCUCGUACAGGUGGAAUGCACUCAAGGAGCACGAAAAGAUCAUUGAGGCCUUAGAGGCCGAUAUCGUCUGCAUCCAGGGUGGGGUACACCUUCCUCGUUCAGUCCAGCGCGUUCUCGUCGCGCGCAACUGACCAUUGCCGGUUGAACUCCGCCUUUGGGGAGACAGAGACCAAGAUCACGCGCAAACUGAUGGGCAAAGACCUGGCCGUAAUGAACGGGUUUGACGCCUUCUUCUCCUUCCUCCGUCCUCCGGCUGGACGCCACGGGACCGCCAUCUUCACUCGUCGAUCGGCGUUGGUCCCCGUCAAGGCCGAGGAAGGAUUGAGCUCGGUGCUGAUCCCGAGCUCGACGGCGAACGAAGGUCGCAUCGGGGGCUAUCCAUGCUUCUCGGACCAGGAUGAUUGGACACAUGAUGAUGUGGUCAAGCUCGAGAGUGAAGGCAGGACGACCGUCAUCGAUUGUGGCAUGUUCGUCCUGAUCAAUUUGUCAGUGGCCGAUGUACACUUUCCUCGUGGCUUCUCAUCCGUGUUGAUGUCUGGCCGAGCUUCUUCACAGAUACUCGCCCAAUCUGACGAACGAGGACCGCCUCAAGUUCAAGAACGACUUUAACGUGCUCAUCGACACUCGUGUGCGCAACCUCAUCCAGCUCGGUCGUGAAGUGAUCGUCGUCGGCGAUUUGGUGAGACGUCUCGGGUGAUCUUAUUAGUCGACAGCUCCCGAUUCUGACCAGAGUUUCCUUCGUGUCUCACAGAACAUCGUGCUCCAUUUGAACGAUACGAGUGAACCACACAACAUCAGCAAAGAUGGUGACGUGUCCCAGUUUGAUGCACCGCAGUACCGUCGGUGGCUGCAGAGCUUCGUCGGUCCCUCCGGCCCCAUGAUCGACAUCGUUCGGCACUUCCACCCCAACCGUAAAGGGAUGUACACCUGUUGGGACACCAAGACCGAAGCGCGCAAGAGCAACCACGGCGCACGCAUCGAUUACAUCCUCAUUACCCCUGGUCUACGACCCUGGGUCAAAGAAGCCGAUAUUCAAGCCGACGUUCCGGGAUCCGAUCACUGUCCCAUCUACGUCGAUUUCCAUGAUGAGAUCGAGAUCGAGGGUAGAGGGACCGUCAAGCUAUGGGACGAGAUGAACCCGAAACGGAGUGGAUCGGAUAGGGACCCGGCCAAGCAGCCUGAGGCCCCGCAAUUUGCAACUAGGUUCUACUCCGAGUAUUCGAGCAAGCAGAAGAGCAUCAAUGCUUACUUCACCAAAGGGCGCGUACCGAGCGCAACGGCUCCCCCUUCGCCGGUACCUCCUACUGCAUCGGCCUCAUCUCCUUCUUCCGUUCAGCCAGCUUCACCUGCUUCUCAGUCGUCGAAUGUACCUUCGGACAGGGCCUUGGGCAAACGUCCUGCCGUUCCAGAACCCGAGCCUUCUCCCCCACCCCCACCAGGUGGCCAGCAAAAGCUCUCCGGCUUCUUCAAGCCCCCACCGCAGCCCAAGCCCGCGAAGAAGACCAAAAUCACCAAGGCGAGUAAAGUCAAAGUCUCCAAGGCCAAGACCAAAGAAUCGACGUCAUACACUCCCCUGGUAGCGUCGGCAAGCACGUCCACACACCCCGCAGCUUCUGAAGCGAUCGAGCUCCUUUCCUCCUCCGACGAAGAUGAACCCACUUCAAGCUCUUCCUUCACAACGACAACGAACUCAACUUCGACUCGAGCACGUUCCUGCGCAGCCGAAUCACCCUCCGAAGUUUUCGAUCCGUCCGAUCUAGAAGCCGCUUACGAAGCCGCGAACGCGACGACGACGCAGUGGAAUUCCAUCUUUGCGACCAAGGCCGCGCCGUUGUGCGAUGUGCAUCAAGAACCGGCCAGGCUUUGGACGGUCAACAAGUCGGGGAUUAAUAAAGGAAGGAGGUUCUAUCUUUGUGCUAGGUAGGUUCUUCGUCGGAGUCGCUCGGUUCUUCAUUGGGGAAGUGAGAUGUUGAUGUGGGGGGCUUUUGUGAUGCUGUGCAGACCCGUCGGUCCUGGGUACGAUAAUGGUAAACGACCCAAAUCGAGCGUCAACCCAGAAUGGCGUUGCGAUUUCUACCAAUGUGCGUCCGACUCAUCAUGGCCUUGAAAUGUCAAGAUAGUGACUCGAAGCUGACCUCUUGGUCUUAUUAGGGGAGACCCAAGUCAAGCGACCGGCUGGGAUCGCCUUGGAUCGAGCGGGCAAAAAGGCCAAGUCUUAA